AUGCCGGACAGCACGCUGACCGAGGAGCUGCUGACGCACAGGGCGGAAGCAAGCGAUGCAGCGAUCCACGCUGAUCUCAAGACACAGGCAGUCCCAGUUUUGACGGGCAUCAGCCUCCUCACGGCGGUCCUGGCAGGUUGUUUACUGCUGCUGGCGCCCGAGCUCCUAACCAUGGGAGUGUUGGCCUACUGUCUGGGGCUCAGACAUGCUGUCGAUGCAGACCACAUCGCUGCGAUCGACAACGUCACUCGGAGGCUCACCACCGGGGGAAGGCGGCCUGUUACUGUGGGGUUCUUCUUCGCUUUGGGCCACUCGACGGUCGUCGUAAUCGUGUGCGCGCUGCUGGCGCUGCCGAGCCCGCAGGUGCAUGAAGCCGUGAGGAAAUUGGAGUCGAACGGUGGCAUGGUUUCAGCAAUCUUUUCCGGCGGCUUUCUAGUGGUGAUAGCUGUUAUCAACUUCGUUCUGCUUCUGUCGAUGGGACGGUCUUGGAAGGAUGAUGGAAGAUAUGCCAACCAUCAUCAUGCCACUGCAGGGUUCUACACCACCUGCUGUCCGGGCUUGUUCAGUGGCAUUGCAGCUCCCUGGCACAUGUUUCCAGUUGGAUUUGCCUUUGGCUUGGGCUUCGAGACCUCAAGCGAAGUGGCCGUGCUUGCCAUGGUUGGCCUUUCACACAGUCUUGAGAAUCCAGCAUGGGUGAUGCUUCUCCCACUCAUGUUCUUGGUCGGGAUGUGCCUCAUAGACACUGCCAAUGGGAUCCUCAUGGCGUGGGUUUAUGGAUCAGGCAAAGAUGGCAACAAGCAGAGGCUGUAUUACAACAUGGUCGUGACGGCAACGUCGGCUGCGAUCGCUCUCCUUGUCGGUGUUUUGGAGCUGCUGGGGGUUUUAGCAACUUGUGAAGAUCUUCAUGGUGCCAUUUGGGAGUUUAUCACGAAGCUCAACAAUGACUUUGAGACGGUGGGAAUCGUGAUUGUUGUCUUCUUUCUGACGCUCUGCAGAAAGAGCUCAACCUGA